CUGCAGAUUCUGAAAAUAAUAAGUUGCAUAUUUCAGCUCAAGUUGCUUAAUUCUGGUGGUUGACAUCUAAUCUCUCCCAGCCAUGGAAGAUGCAAAUGGAUACCGAUCACAAGUUCUUGAAACAAUCAGUUGAAGAAGCAUACGAGUCUGUCAAUACAAAAGAUGGGUAUCCUCUUGGCGCAGUUAUUGUUCGUAAUGGGGAAGUAGUCGUGAGUUGUCACAACAUGGCUCGUAAAUACAAAGAUCCAACUGCCCACGCUGAAAUGAUUGCUAUUCGAAUGGCCUGUGAGAAGCUGCACAUGGAAAAGUUCUCGGACUGUGAGAUAUAUGCGUCUUGUGAGCCUUGUCCAAUGUGCUUUGCUGCAAUUCAGUUUACUAGCAUUAAGAGGUUAGUUUAUGGAGCUGGAGCAGAAGCGUUAGCACCCAUGGGGUUUGGUAAUUUCAUUUCGGAUGCAUUGAGGGGUACCACUGCAUUUGAGAAAGCCAAUUUGGAGAUCAAGAAAGCGGAAGGUGACGAUGCUAUCAUGGCUAAGCAGGCGUUGCUAUCAUGGCCGAAUUUUCACAAAACCGAAGUUACAAAUUUCAGUCACUAUCUGUUUCCUCAACUCUUAAUGAACUUUUACCAUUUUGAUCAAUAA